UCAAACAAUUUUUUUAUGACUGGUCUCGACAUGCGGCUGAACAUGGAACCAGCUCACAACACGACCGGUCGUUACACCACUGAUCUCCUGACAGAAGCAGCUACUUUGAUCAUUCACCAUCACAAGGUGGACGAAUCCCCGUUGUUCUUGUACUUGUCGCACUUGGCUGUUCAUUCAGCUAACAAGGAGCAACCCCUGCAAGCUCCCAAAGAAGUAGUGGACCAAUUUUCUCACAUAAAGGAUGAAAAACGUCGAACAUAUGCUGCCAUGGUUGCAAAAUUGGACGAAUCAGUUGGAAGGGUUGUAGAGGCUUUGGCGCAAAAGAACAUGCUUAACAACACGAUCCUGAUUUUUUCAACGGACAAUGGUGGAGCAGCUGCGGGAUUCAACUACAACGCUGGGUCCAACUGGCCUUUACGCGGGGUUAAGAAUACCCGCUGGGAAGGAGGCGUAAAAGGAGUAGGCUUCAUUUGGAGCCCGCUGCUCAAAGUGCACGGAGUCAGAUCUGACAAAAUGAUGCACAUUGUUGACUGGCUGCCAACCUUACUUUCUGCCGCAGGUGUCAAGCGGUCUGAUCUUCCGCAAGAUUUGGAUGGUAUCAGUAUGUGGGAGUCUUUCUUAGAAGAACCCAAUUCUGACCAUUCGCCACGAUCGGAAAUGCUCAUAUCACACGAUCAUCUUUAUGGAGUUUCUGUAUACAGAUACGGUUAUUGGAAAAUCUUGAAU